GCUUAGCGGGCCUUGCGAUCCUCUGCACGGAGAUGAAAGUUUGGAAUGACAGCCUGCUUGCAGUGCAAAACCUGAGAGAAAUCCUCUCCAUCCCCUGGCCCGGACCCCACCCUCUUUGCGAAAAUCAGAAAGGGCAACACAGCCUUGGUCAAGAAAAGGCUUCAUCUCCUAGAUGGUCCUGUGAGUGAAGGGGAUAGUCAUCCAGAGACGUCGUCAGACAGAGGCCCUGCCAUGUGGCUAUCGGUCAGCGAUGACUGAUGUGGAAUCCACAUAUGCAGAUUUCAUCGCGUCGGGGCGGACGGGCCGGAGAAACGCCGUCCACGACAUCCUGGUGUCCGCGGCCAGCGGCAACCCCAGCGACCUAUCCCUGAAGCUGGCCGAGCUGGACAUCAGCAAGGGCGAAGGGGACGGCGAUGCGCAGAGGAACCCGACGGAGCCCGCUGGCGAGACCCAGGGGAAAGCAGGAAAGCAAGACGGCUAGCACCCCUCUCUGGCAGGCAGGAGCGGCGGCCGGGUGGCGGGGCCGGGCCGGGGUCCGCCCUUGGCCGUGAGCCUGGGUCAACCUGCGGCGAGGGUGGGGCCACAGGACAUGGCCUUGCCCAGUGCCUGGCGGGCACCCCCCCGACCCUGCUGGAAACAUGGGCCUGGGCGGGGGCUGCCCACACACCCUGUCCACCUCACUUCUUGGCCGUGGCUGAGCCCGCAGGGGUGCCUCCCCCCAGAAGCCGCAUAGGGACCCCGCCCUCCAGCCACCUUCUCCACCUUACUCCCCUCUGCGACGACCCCAGAACGAAGACCCACCCGGCAGCACCACCAAGUCGCUGGCACCGUGGCCCAGGCCUCCUGGCACCCUGGCCUGGGCUUUCUAUGCCUCCCCAGUGCAUCGGCCCGUGGAUCCCCCAGGCUCUGUGCCCAAGGGCUUCUCUCCUGCUCCAGGGCCACUGCUCUGUGCCCGCGGCCUAGGGUCAGCAGCCAGGUGAGGCCGACCCACAUUAGCCCACGGGGGACCGGCCGGUGGGGCUGGCCUGUGGCCAAGGCUCCGGGCAUGGUGCCUGCCCUGAGGUACCCACUUCUGGCCAGCCCGAUUGCUGAUCCUACCCCAGAGGGCACCCAGCCCCCGCAGGCCCUCCUGCCCCGGGAGCUCGGGGUCAAUUCCUGGGGACCUGGAGGGAAGCAACGGGAGGGGGUCUCCCGGUGCCAGCCCUUCACACCAGCCAGGCUGUAGGGGAGAACGGUGAGGCCUGUAGGCACCGUGCCAGGCCCCAGGAUUUGCGUUCCACAUUUUUAACUGCUCCUAGCCAGUGCUGGGCGCCCACUCCCCACUCUCCCUCCCUCGGGCCCUGCCCCCUUCCCAGCGGCCCCGCACUUUUUACCAUUUGUAAACUUCUCCCGAUAGCCGGUGUCCUUGGUUCCCGGCUGCUGGCUGGGUCGACGGGCGAGCAGACCGGCGUCACAUGUACCCAGCCGUGCCCGGACCAGCGUCUCUGUCCCCCCAGCCGGCUGCCAGCGGAGAGGCUCCGGGGCCUCCCGUGCCCUGUGAACCCCGUGAACCCCCUGUGACCCCGGUCGGUGUUAAGACACCCUUCGGUCAUGGUAAUAAACAGCAGCACAGCGGGGUGGACCAGCUCCUUGGUGUCCAGUAGGUUGGGGGUGGCCUGAUUCCUUGGUGUCCCAUAGAAGGGAGGUAGCCCAGCUCCUUGGGGUCUAGCCGGUUGGGGGUGGCCUGCCUCCCAAGUGUCCAGCAGGCCCGGGGGGGUGGGGCGGCGGCUCCCUGGUGUCCAGCAGAUGGGAGGUGGUCCGGCUCCUUGGUGACUGGCAGGUGGGGAGUAGAUAGCUGCAAUCCCUGGGAAUAGAGAGGGUGGGCAGGGGGGCACUGCCAUAGCUAAACUACCCCCCUGUUCCUGGGUCCCAGGCCCUGGAGAUCACAAUUCCUGCAGGCAGUCGGGGUGGGGAAGGGGCCGC